AUGUUGAACAGUCUACGCAAGAGAUACCGCCGCACUAGGUCUGUGAAUGAAUACGAUUUAGAACACAGCAAUAAUGAUAGCCACAAAUCAAGAUUUUCAAUGUUUACCCGAAAGGUGAGCUGCCGGCAUCAGAUUACCAGUGCAUAUUCGACGCAACGUGUGCACUCCGAGCCUACACGACGAAAAUUCGGUUCGGGACUGCAGCUUAACAGAUCUAAAAGCAACAGCAUCAGGAACAAGCUGAGUUACGGGGCGAUAUCCCGCACUGAUUCAAACAGAUCAUGGGGAAGUCAAGACUUGGAUUCUGUAUCAAGUAACAACCGUCUGUCGGGCGACGAAUCUGUGUCGCAAUAUGAAAGUGGUUCAGUUUCCUCCCCGGGUACGUCUCGACGGUUAGCUAUUUGUACGGAGUUGGAGAAGGAUACCUUUAUGGAUAAUGGCGAGAGUUUGCUUAUUGGGCACAGAAAUUUGGUUAUACGAGAUUAUUUGGAAAGCUAUGCGUACAUUUAG